GACACCGAACGUUGCUGUUAAUUUCUAAUCCGUAAGUCGAGCGCACCGUGUGCCCGGCUGUUUCUGACGGGAUAAUUUACGUGAAUUUAUCAGCCGUCCCACGAUUUACCGUGACCACGCGACGGAUAAAUGAGAUAUCAUAUCGCCUGAACAGUUUAUUGUAAUCAUCUUGACGUCACGAUUUUAUUUGCCGAUUGUUUAGUAAACAUUGUUGUUGUAUAGAUUAAAUCGUUGUAUCAUUCGAAUCGUUUGGUGAUCGACGACGGUUUGUCGCGAAAAUUGUCGCAUUAAAAUAUUUGUAUUGUAUUUUCGUGAAGGGAAGAAGAAAAUUAAAUCGGAGCUGAAAUCGCCUAAAGUUUAUCGUCUGGAUACCAUAAACAAUAGACUGUACUUCCAAUUAGACAAAUAUACAAAAAAGAUUUUCGAAAUGGCGCGUCAACAACAGUUUGUGGCCCUGUGGUUGGUGUUUGCGGUUCUGGUGUACGACAACCACGGUUACGUGUCGAACCGGAGAGUGAAAAACCAAAGACCGGGCAUCCGUAGCUAUUCUGACGACGACAAGAAUAUUGGCGGCACCGAAAUAAAUGUGUGCGCGCUCGAACAGAAGACCACCAUAAAUUUGUACUGUUACUGCGACGACUCCAAGCCUUACGCAGCCACGUCGGCCGACUGUUGGGUGUUCAACGACGGCGAGCCCCGCGAAUCGGCUGUGUGGCGCGAGUUCGGAUCACAGUCCAACGUGACCAAGCUGACGUUCAACGUGCGCGGAACCACGUCGAAGACGCUGUCGUUCGUGCCCACCGAGGCGUUGGCCCGGAUGCCCGAGCUCCGGACGCUCGAGAUCGUAUACGCUGCCAUCGGCACGGUGCACUCACAUGCGUUCGCCAACCUGUCCCGACUGCAGGACUUAGCUUUGGUUCGAAACAACAUCGUGCAGCUGGCUCGGGACUCAAUCGCGUACAUGGAGGAUCUGCGCGUGGUCACGCUCGGUGACAACGCCAUUGAGAGCAUCAGCAACGAUGUGUUUGCCCGGUUGCCCGCGCUCAGGAAGUUGUACAUGGACCGGAACAACAUCAGUUAUAUUGCUGAGGGGGCGUUCGAGCAGUUACGGAAACUGGAGGAACUCGACCUGUCCGACAACAGAUUGACGGGAUCGUUGUCCAGGUACGUGUUUCUCGGACUGGUGUCGGUAAAGCGGUUGGAUAUGCGGGCAAACCAUUUGGAUCGAGUGGGCCCGGACGCGUUCGCCGAGUUGGUGUGCCUCGAGGAGCUCGUGCUCGAAGACAACCUUAUAAAAACGAUCGACGGCAGAGGAUUUUCUGGACUGCCCAGCCUCCAUAGACUGAACUUGGCGGAGAACCGGUUGACUGCACUCGACGACCGCACGUUCCAUAGACUUGACAAGCUUAAGUUUAUCGACAUCAGAUACAACAACCUGAAAACGCUCACAUAUGGAACUGUGGAACCGAUCUUGGGACGGCUUCGGAACUCAACGUUCUUUUUCCAUUUCAAAGGUAACAAGUUCGAAUGCGACUGCAGCCUGCUGUGGAUGAACCGACUGGCCAUCGAAACGAACAACGAACAAGUGGCACGCGAGCUGUCGACCGCGCAGUGUCAGAUGAACGACACGGCCGACGGUGACGUUGACUUGGCCGAUUUGAAAGUGACAGGCCCGAAGAACGGCUACAACAGCGGCGGCGGCGUUGGUGGCUACGGCGCGAACAAGGUGGACGCCGAGACGGCCACGGACAAAGCGGACAAAACGGUCGGCGGCAGCGGAGAAAUGGGCGCGGCCGAUGGAUUGCCAAUGCCGUUCGACGACACGCAACUGAUCGCCGUCAGAUCGUUGAGCGAGGACACGUGCCCGGGCAAGGAGCAGCCGCUCGUGGACAGGGCGCCGGACGCGGCCCAAAAUUCGGAUCGCGUGCUCUGGCAAUCGACCCAGUCAGCGGCGGCGGCCUCUGCUCUGCCGGCGCCACUGUGUCUGUCGUCUCUGCCCGUCCUCACCACCGUCUUCGCCAUCAUCCGUUCGCGUCACUCUUAGGCCAACAACGCAUGUCGGGCUGCGAUGAUGACGAUGAUGACGAUGAUGAUAAUAAUAAUAAUAUAACUUACAUACUUACGUUUUAUAUAAUAUUAUAUUUAAGUGUUUGCGAGUGUGUCUGUGCACGUUUUCGGGUGUACGGGGUGGCCAAACGUCAAACACGAAUUAUGUUAACGUUAUGAACACAUUAACUAUUUAUACGAAUGCACUGUCAUCGUGAUUUAUAUAGCCGUUGUAUAGUGUCAUAAAUGAAAUGAUAUCCCUUCGCUAUAUUCAAACAAAUUUAUAUCGAUUUUCAAAUCACUCGAAAUUCCCCAUCAAUUUAUCUAUCAUCCACUGUAUCUGUGUGUUUGUGAUAUGUCGGGGAAAAUGCAAUUUUCCAAUAAAACAUUGAUUUCGCCGUAACGCACUGUACAGUAUUAUAGGCACGUUUACUCACGAAAACAACAUUAUGAUAUUAUUAUACAGGUGGGUACUGAACACGAAUUUACUGUCUGUUUUCGAACCACAGCCCGCGUUUUUUUUACGCACACGAUUUAAAGUAAAUCACAAUAUUCCUUGUCUCGCACCGCAACAAAACACAACGAUUGUCAAAAUAAUGUUAUAUAAUAAACAUAUGAAACUGUGUAUAAUUUUAUCGACAAGUGAAAAAAUAAUAUCCAAGAGAUUAACACGGCCCCGAUUUUAAUAUAAAAACUAUUCGACGAGCCUGAUGGUGGUGGAUCGUAUAUAUAAACAUAAGGAACGGACGUGCGGCCACCCUAAAUUAUAUGUAAACAUAUUAUAUAGAUAUAAUAACAUAUUAAAUACACGAUAUAGAUUAGACAUAUAGAUGAGUAUAAUACAUGUUAACGAUGAAAAUCAAAAUCAAAAUCACUAUUAUCAUUAUUAAUAUUAUUAUUAUUAUUUAUUCGUGUUGUCGUAACAAUAAUAUUUUUUCGUAUCUAUAACAGUAUAUAUUAUCGUCUGUGGUUUUUGCAUAAUUCACAUAAUAUAUAAUUCUUGUAUAAUUGCAACAAUAAGAUUAUAAUGCUACAUUCGUAAAUAUUAAUCCGUUCGAUCCAUUAUUGUAUUUCAAUUUAAGCACGCACAAUAGAAUUAUAAUGUGUAAUGAUAAUGAUUAAACGAUGACUUAUAUACCAAAAUACAAUGACAACCGACGACGUUACGAACGGAAACGUCUGGGCCCAGAGGUCACAGCUUAUACACUCACAUUUAGAUAAAAAUAAAAAUAAACAACGUAAAUCGCGUGUAAAUCUACGUAGACCGCUUAUAUUGUAAAAAAAAAAAAA